ACACGUGCCACUUUGGAAGGUGGUUAGCUUAGCUAACCGAUGCUAGGGAGAAAACAAAUACAGAUAGAAAUAAAACAACGCGGACAUGAAUAAGAAUUAGACGUGUCUUUAUAAAGAUGUUAAUCUGCUGUUUGUUUCAAGACGAUGUCAAACUUUAACGCAGAUACAACCAUGCCGCUCCAGUUUGCGUAUACCGACCAGCACUUUGUCACAGAUGUGCGUCGGAGCAGUGGAAACCAUCCCGGGGUGGCAUCACCACCAGUAAAGUUUGACACAAUCCUCCAAGCCGGCUGGACAGACAGGAUGGAGAGGGGACUUUUUCGCUACCAUCUGGGUGAUUUACAAACUCGUAUCCUGCCGGGUUCACAUGGCUUUGUGGCCCAGCUGAAUAUUCAAAGAGGAAUAGAGAGAAGAAAGCCUCAGGAGAUACUGAGCAUUCAGCAGGAGUUCAAUGCCGGGCAGUUUAAUUUUAACAAAAUCAAUCCAGGGGAAAUCAUAUUUGAGAUGAUAAAGGACACAGAGAGAGGCACAGCUUUGCAUUACAAUGGACAGCUGCAUCAACCCAAUAGGAUGGUCGUUCUGGUCAAUGUCAGUCCUUUGGAGUUUGGACAUUGCCUCUUUGUUCCAGAUCCAUCGCUUUGUUUACCGCAGGUUCUGACAAGGUUCGCCGUCCAAGCCGGUAUUGAGUCUGUGCUCCUGAGCUCCAACCCUGACUUUCGUGUGGGUUUUAACAGUCUAGGAGCAUUUGCGUCUGUCAAUCAUUUACACCUACAUGGUUAUUACCUGGACCACAAGCUCAAGAUAGAAUCUAUGCCGGUCAAGGGACUAGUUCCUGAAAAGGGAUUUUAUCGCUUGUUGGACUUUCCUGCAGGGUUUUUGUUUUACACAGAGUCGGAGGACGUGGAGAAAGUUGCCAGAGCCAUCUGUGAAGUGACAGACUUUCUUGUGGAUGGUAAUAUUGCACACAACUUGUUCUUGACUCGGGGAUGUCCGCCCUGUGAUCGCACACAGAACGAAAAGACCCUCUGUUCAAGAAAAGGUGUUCGUAUCGCUGUAUGGCCCAGGAUAUCCUGCUUUGGUGCCAAAGAGGAGUCUGCCUUCAAUGUCGCUCUUUGCGAGCUGGCUGGACAUUUACCAUUUAAGAACAAGAAGGACUUUGAGCUCACAACUGAGAAAGAUGUGAUAGACAUCAUUCAGAGGUAUCUUCUACCUGAUAGGGAGUUUCAGAGGUUGGAACAGCAGCUUACUCAUCAUUUAAUUGAUUUAUAAUGUGUGGAGGCGUUGUUAAAUCUUGUGCUCGAGUUACAAACCAACAAGAUUGCUACAUGUAUUUCACGGUUUUUGGUGUAUCAGUUUCUGUGACAUAAAUUAAGAAAAUAUCCUCACAUUGGGUUAUACAUUGGGAGAUCAGCAGAAUCCCCUGUCCUGCACCAGACCUAACUAUAGCAUUGGAUGUGCACACAACCACUCUCCUGAAUAUGUGACAAAUCCAUAGAAGCCAUAAAAAGGAUUGAAAAUUUUUAAAUUCUUCAUUAUUACAUUUAUAAGUUAGACUGUGCUUUAAUCAAGUAGUGAAUGUGUUAUAUUGAAACUGGUAUCAAAUUAAAUGCCAAAAGCACUUUAUGUAAAAACAAAAGUUUUGCAUUUAUUUUCUGUGAAUUCCAGUUCUGAGUUGUGACUGACCUUUUUCACAACCCACAUUUUGACUUGUCAACACAGGAGAAGCACAGGUAUAAUUAAUAUCAUCAUUAAUGGCUGCAUUUU